GUCCUGGGCAACCGAGUCCCAGUCUCGAAAAUGCCGAUUCUCUAACCCUGCUUCACACAAAAUACAGAAAAAUAUACGGGGUUAAUUUUUUUAACGGUUACCCAGUAUUAAGUUAGAUUAGGCAGUUAUGGAUGCUGAAUUUAGAUAGGAACCCUAGGAACGGAUUUUUUAGAGUCUAUUUUUCUUGGCGUGCGAUGUCGGUGUUACGUUUGUAUUUGGCGGGCUUUUUGACAAUGACAGUAAAUGCCCAGGGAUUCGAUUCUCACCUACGAGGACCCGCUUUCGUCAUGGAACCACCCCCGCGGUUGGAGUUUUCAAAUUCCAGCGGCGGCUGGUUGGACUGUUCGGCCUCGGGAAGUCCGCAGCCUUCGAUAGACUGGCUCAGCGUCGACGGUACCUCGGUGGGAGACGUUUCCGGAAUCCGAAGGGUGCUCAGAAACGGAACUUUGUUUCUGAUGCCGUUUCCUGCGGCGUCCUAUAGACAAGAUAUUCACAGUAGUGUUUAUAGAUGCGUUGCAUCGAACAACGUAGGCCGAAUUAUUAGUAGGGAUGUGCAAGUAAGGGCUGUGGUAACACAAUCAUUUAAAAUCGACGUGGAAGUAAUUCCGGCUGCAAGAGGAUGCACCGCAGUGUUGAAAUGCAAAGUGCCAAAUUUCGUUAAGGAUUUAGUUAGGAUAAUUUCCUGGAUACAGGAGCCUAGUUUUUAUAUUUAUCCUUCCCUUCAAGGAGAUGGUAAAUUUCAUCAGCUACCAUCGGGGGAACUCCUAAUACAUAAUUUGGAAUUUAGUGACCAGUUUGCGACAUAUCGGUGUAGGACUAUGCACAGGCUCAGUAGGCAAGUGGUUACUAGUAGUGCUGCCAAUGUAAAUAUAGCUGAUCACAGAGGCAUCGCCGCACCGGUGAUUGUUGAAAGUUCUGGAACAGUUACAGUGGCACAGGACGAGGGCGCAGCACUUAUAUGUAUUGCACAGGCUUGUCCUUCACCUGAAUACAGAUGGUACUCGUACGGAGGCAAAGACGGAACCGAGCCGCCCAGCUUAAUUAUACCUGGUGCCAGAAUGAGACAGCUGGGACCCGUGCUAGCAAUUGAAGCUGUAACAUCGGAAGACGGUGGUACCUACCGAUGUACAUCGGCUAACGCUGGUGGAGAAGCCAGCGCAGAUAUUCGGUUGCAAAUCCAAACUCAGCUGCAUGUUGAAAUUUCGCCGCCCAUACUCAGCGUCCAUAUGGGAGGAAGUGCUGAAUUUAGAUGUAUGGUCUCAACGAAACAAGACAGUCCGCACAUGAUCACAUGGUAUAAAGACGGCAGACAACUGCCCAGCACUGGAAGAGGUCCUAGCGAAACUCUAAUAGUAAAUAAUGUGGGCAGAGAAGAUAGAGGCAUGUAUCAAUGCGUGGUGAGAAGGACAGAAGGGGAUACUGCACAAGCAUCGGCGGAAUUACAAUUAGGAGAUGCUCCUCCUGUGUUGCUCUAUAGUUUUAUCGAGCAAACUCUCCAACCCGGACCUGCGGUGUCUUUGAAAUGUAGCGCCUCUGGUAAUCCCACUCCUCAAAUAUCCUGGUUAUUGGAUGGAUUUCCUCUUCCUAGCCAUGGACGGUUUGUGAUUGGUCAAUACGUAACCGUUCACGGCGACGUGAUAAGUCAUGUGAACAUCAGCCAUGUGAUGGUAGAAGACGGUGGAGAGUACACGUGCACAGCGGAAAAUAGAGCUGGCAAAAGCUCGCAUUCGGCCAGAUUGAAUGUUUACGGUUUACCCUACAUCCGAAUCCUACCGAAAGUAACAGCAGUGGCUGGUGAACAACUAAAACUCAAAUGUCCAGUGGCUGGAUACCCCAUAGAAGAAAUUCACUGGGAAAGAAGUGGCAGUGAGCUUCCAAAUGGACUAAGGCAAAAAGUACUUCCGGAUGGUACACUGAUCAUAGAGCCGGUACAAAAAAAAGAGGAUUCUGGUGUUUAUACGUGUUGGGCUAGAAACAAAGGAGGCCAGACUGCAAGAAGAAGUGGAGAAGUUAAUGUUAUUGUGCCGCCAAUAAUAGAACCGUUCAGCUUUCAAGAGGGUCUCAGCGAGGGUAUGCGCACGCGCACCGUUUGCGGUGUUAGCGCAGGUGAUCCCCCACUGGCAGUGGCGUGGCUUAAGGACGGCAGACCCCUCACGCCCGAAUUAGGGGUGAACGUGACGUCCCUGGACGCAUACAGCAGCCUUUUGAGCGUGUCAAGCCUCGAUUCACGGCACUCAGGGGAUUUUACUUGCGUGGCCAGCAAUCCUGCAGCGGAAGUCCGGUUUACUGCCAAGCUACAGGUCAAAGUCCCGCCAAGAUGGUUGGUUGAGCCAGUCGAUGUUAGUGUAGAAAGAAAUAGACACGUGUCCUUACACUGUCAAGCCCAAGGGGUACCAACGCCCACUGUAAUCUGGAAAAAGGCUGCCGGUUCCAAAUCGGGCGAUUACGAAGAAGUCAGGGACCACAUGUAUACAAAACUUUUGGGAAAUGGUACCUUAUUGUUGCAACAUGUUAAAGAAGACAGAGAAGGUUAUUAUUUGUGCCAGGCCGAUAAUGGAAUCGGAACUGGUAUUGGCAAAGUUAUACAACUAAGAGUUAAUUCUUCUCCGUAUUUCUCUGCACCUUCGAGAAUGAUUACAGUGAAAAAAGGAGAUACAGCCUUAUUGCAUUGUGACGUCAAUGGCGAUAAACCUAUAAGCGUUAUAUGGCUUAGAGGUGGUAAAGUAGAACUCAAUCCGUCUACGAACUAUAGGGUGAAUGCGAAACAGGACGUCACACCAGACGGAGUGGCAGCUGAGUUACAAAUCCUAAACGCCGACGCCUCAGAUUCCGGCGCCUACUUUUGCCAGGCCAGUAACAUGUACGGUAGAGAUCAGCAGUUGGUGCAGCUGAUGGUACAAGAACCUCCCGGACCACCGCAAAGUCUAGAAGUUCCUUCGAAAAGUAGUACAUCGGUGAGUUUGAAAUGGGGACAUAAGGCAAGCGAUUCCACUGAAGUUUUCAAAUUUAUUAUCGAGUUUAGAGAAAGUGACCGCAAUUGGCAUCAAAUCGAACUUACCGAAAGUCCAUUGCAAUAUUCAGCAAUAAUUGACGACUUAAAGCCAGCUACCAAAUACAGUUUUAGAAUACUGGCCGAAGGUGCUGCAGGUAAGAGUUUGCCCAGUGACGAAAUUACCAUAACUACGCUCAGCGAAAAACCCGCGGGUGCUCCACUAAACCCCACCGCAAGGCCUAUUUCUUCUACGGAAAUCUUGGUGGCUUGGAUGCCUCCAGUAUCGGAAUUGAGACACGGAGAAAUACAGGGUUAUAACAUAGGUUAUCGUGCCCCUUUUAUGGGUUCCUUUAAUUUCACUUCUGUAGCCGGAGAUGGCGAAGAAGGCGGAGAAAUGUUACUCAGUGGCCUUAAAAAGUACACCAGGUAUACCAUUGUAGUGCAAGCUUAUAACGAAGUAGGCGCUGGUCCUUUGAGUGAACAAGUUACAACUGAAACUUUAGAAGAUGUUCCUAGUAGUCCUCCUAUGGAUAUUAGAUGCACCUCCCCCACAUCUCAGAGCAUCCAAGUUAGUUGGCAGCCACCGCCUAAUGAAGAUUGCAACGGGAAUAUUCACGGUUAUAAAUUAACUUAUGAACCUGUUUUGGAUGAAAAUUCUUGGGGCAAUGACGUAAUAGAAACUCGCAAAACCACCGCACUGAUAACUGUGAUAACAGGCCUUAGAAAAUUCACCAACUACAGCCUACAAGUAUUAGCAUUUACUAAAGUGGGCGAUGGUGUUAUGUCUUUGCCGCAUUUCUGUACAACUGAAGAAGAUGUUCCUGGUGCUCCAGCUGAUAUUAAAGUAGCAGCAGCAACGCCACAAUCCUUAAGAGUUUCAUGGUUGCCACCUCUAGAACCCAACGGGAUUAUAACCAAAUAUAAUUUAUAUAGACGAAGUACUGAUGGUCGCCAAGAAAUCGACAAUGGCAAACAAAUAAUUUCGAGUCACACGACAGCGUUUGAAGUUAAAAACGUUCAACAGCACAUGGAGUAUCAGUUUUGGGUUACGGCUUCUACUAGAAUAGGCGAGGGGCAAAGCUCUAAAGUUGUAAACCAGGUGGUCACCAGCAGAAUUUCAGCAAGGAUUAUCUCGUUUGGAGGUAACGUCGUCAGGCCUUGGAGAACUUCUGUUGCUUUAAAUUGCGAAUCUGUUGGAUCUCCUAGAAGGGAGUGGUUGAAAAGUGAACAGAUCUUGAAGGGUGGAGCAAGUCACAAUCAGCAACUCUUGGACACAGGCGAACUGAUUUUAUCCAAUUUACAACUAACUGACGCUGGAAAUUACUCUUGUCAAGUGGAUAAUGGACACGGGACUGAUAGAAUAACAUAUUACUUGGUGGUACAAGUACCACCUGGAGCUCCACUAUUAUAUGUGACCUCAGCCACAAGUUCAAGCAUUCUAUUGCAUUGGAAAGCUGGGAAAAACGGAGGGGCGCCUAUAAGUGGAUUCACACUCAAUUAUAGAAAAGAGCAUGGCAAUUUGGAUGAAAUUCAUUUAUCAAGACACGCUACCAGCUACGAGUUGAAGGGUCUUUCUUGUGGUUCAACAUAUCAUCUCUACCUCACUGCUUACAACAAAAUAGGAUCCAGUCCAGCAAGUCAUCCCCUUCAGGCUCGUACACAAGGUCAUCCGCCAGGAGUACCACCUGCGGCCUCAUUUAUAGGCCCAAAUUCCACAAGCGUUACGUUACGCUUACACGUUUGGCCGGACAAUGGUUGUCCGAUCAUUCAUUUUGUUUUACAAUACAGGAAAGCGUUGGAGAGUCAAUGGACCUUAGUUUCGAACGCGUUGAAACCCCAAAGACGAACGUCAAUUACGGGUUUGACGGCGGCAACCAAGUAUGUUGUUAAAUUGGAGGCUCACAACGUAGCAGGCUUUAGUACUGAAGAGUUCAGUUUUACCACAUUGACUAAAGACGGAGACGUACCACCACCGGUUUUAAUAACGCAGGGUAACGAAAGUCAACCGUUUUACGCGGACGUUAAGUUUAUCGUGAUCGCUGUGAUAAGUACUCUGCUGGGUACUAUUGUCCUUUUGAGCAUACCGGUCCUUAUCAGAAAGCAUUACAAUCAGUCAAACAGGGAGCAAUUAGACAAUCAACAGAAUGCGGAGGCUCAAAGGGAAAGGUAUUAUGCUACUAUACAUAAAGUGGCGUUGCAAGCUGGAGAAAAAAUACCUGAAACCUCCGAAGACAUAUCACCAUACGCAACAUUCCAACUAUCAGAACCCAGCACCCUCGCCCAAAACACAAUGUUGCACAGUUUCAUGUAUCACGAGCAUCCUAUAACUGAAGGCUGUGCCUCGCCGCCUCCAUCGAGUUCGGUACAACGAAAUUCGCCCUAUUAUAAUAUUCAAAAGUUCCAAAGUACAAAAGGCCACGGUCGACGUAGGGCCAAUCGAAAAGACAUCGACAGCGACGAGAGCGAAUCCGAUCAGGAAGCUCUUACCUCUAGUCGGACCGAAUCUUCCAAUCAGCUCGAUUUGAAACACAAAACGCAAGCUUUCGUUUAUCAUGGCACAGUACAAUCGAGUACAUCGUCCGAUAUUUCACCAAUGUCCGAACAAAAAUCACUGCCAAGACGAAACAGAAAUAGAUUCCUAGCCCAAGGAGGUCGAUCGGGUUCUCAACGUCACAUCCUAAGCCACCUAUCGGUAGCCGAAACUGCGUUUAGCGAAUCGACAACUCCGACGGGCGGUCAAGGCAUCGAAUUGUCAGAGGCCGAGUGCGACAUCGACACCCUCAAAAAAUUGAAGCUGGGCCUGCGCAGUUCGUUGUGGUCGAGACCGCAGGGCGGUCAACAAGGCGGCCAGCAACCGCCCUCCGAUUAUUCGAUCGCUGUCUGAGUACGACGGAGGGCUUUCCUUUUCAACUAAAUCUUCCAUAUGGUGUAGUCAAUUCUGAUUUUGAGGGUGUCUGCAAUAUCAGUUUUGAGAUUUGACUACACUUUAAUUAAUAAUUAAUUUUAAAAAAAAAUGCACGAAAUCCCAUUUGCUUUGUUAGUGAACCUUUCGGAUACCUUUGUAAAUAUAUUUUUAACAUUAAUACUGCCACACAAGAAAAAUACAUUUUAAGUUGAAGGCGAAUGGGGUGGCUUUGUGCAUUUAGUAAGCCUAGUGUAAUAUAUCAAUUUUUAGUUUUAUGGAUAAAUCAAAAUUUUAUAUGAAAAAAGAAUCAAAAAUAUACAAUAUAUUAUGUUACACUGCUGGAUGAUGAAUAAAAAAGGAUUCUUGUUUAAUUAAACAAUCCUUUUUUGUUUGGUUUUUCAGCCAGUGCCUUUGUUAUAAUUGCCUAUAUAUCUUUGGAUAAAAAAAUGAAACCGUUUUGGAACUGUUUUCUAUGAUGAUGUAUUAUAAUAUUUUUCACUGUUAUAUAAGACUUGUAAGUCGUGUCGUACCCUCAUCAUAGCUCAAAAGUAAAUAUUUAUCGGGGCGACCGACUAUAUAGGUUUGUUUCUGGAGAAAUCGCAAAGUAUCUAAAGCGAUCGAAAUCACUACAAAUGGUUUGUGAUAUCUGUAAGAACGAACCUUAUACUGUUAAAAGAAAAGAUAUAGUUAAGCAUUUACCGAUAAAUCAAACAAUAAGAAUCAAAAUUGAAAAAAAAAAAAGGAUUCCCU